AUGGCGGCGACGGGGCACGACGAGGAUGACAUCGACCACUACGAGGUGCUCUGCCUCCCGUCGGGGGAGGAAGGCGCGGCGCUGACCACCGAGCAGAUCGAGAAGGCGUACCGGACGCAGUCGCGGCUGCGCCACCCUGACAAACGCCUCGACAACCCCAACGCCACCGCCGACUUCCAACUCCUCUCGAGCUCCUACAAGCUCCUCCGUGACGAGUCCCUCCGCCGCCAGUUCGACGCGCGCCUCCGCGGACGCCGCGAGGCUGCCGCCCGCGCCGCUGCCGCGGGCACCAAGCGCCGGAAGGCCGUCUCCGACCUCGAGGAGCGCGAGCGCGCCGCCGCCGCGGGCCAUCCCGCCGACCCCGACGAGCUCGCCAAGCGCGAGGCCAAGCGGAUGGCCGCCGACAUUGAGCGCGAGCUCGCAGCGUUCCGCGCCGCCAAGCAGGCUUCUGCAUCAGGUGCCCCAUCGACUUCGGCGCAUGGAGAUAAGAAGGGUGGAACCCCACAGGACGGAGUGAAAACGGACAAGGGCAAGAUCUUGAAGGUUUCAUGGGAUGGGAGUGCUGAUUCGUACAAUGCGGCAAAGUUGGAGGUUCUCUUCCAGAAAUUUGGCAAAGUUGAAGACAUUGUUAUCAAGACAAGGAAAUCAAGGAGUAAGGGCUCAGCAAUUGUAGUAAUGGGCUCCAAAGAAGCUGCAUUAUUAGUAAUACAGAACCAUUUCUCUCUGUUUCCAUUAAAUGUUGCUCCUGUUCAAGAAUCGGGUGGAUUAUCAGCGAGGUCAACACAAACACAUGAAUCAAGGACAAACAAUAUUGAUGGAACUGGAUUUAAUGAUUUGGAAGCGUCGGUGUUCCGAAAACUUCAAGAGGUAGCAAUUGCUCAGGUCUUGGAACCCUUUGAUAAGAGGCUGAAGUUCACAUCCUCCUUUCUGUGCAAAGUUGGCUUCCUUGAUCUCCAGGAUGCAACUCUGUUAACACCGUGUACUACUGUACUAUUGCGUUCUAUCAUGUUACAAUAUCUGUUAACUGACAACAAGGUACUGGCCUUCGCCGUGCUUGCUGUUAUGCUGUAUCACCGUGGACUCUGUGUUCUAUCAUGCUGA